CGUGCCACGCCUACUAUGUCUGUUGAUCGCAGUAUCAACCUCUAUCCUCUUUCCAACUACACAUUUGGUACGAAGGACGCUCAGUAUGAACGUGACACGUCGGUUACGUCUCGUUUCCAGCGUAUGAGAGAAGAAUACGAGAAAAUGGGGAUGAGGAGAUCUGUAGAGGGGGUGCUGCUUGUACAUGAACACAAUCUGCCGCACGUGUUGCUGCUGCAGCUGGGAACGACGUUCUUUAAACUUCCGGGCGGAGAGUUGAAUCCAGGGGAGGAUGCGAUUGAAGGUUUGAAGAGAAUAUUGAACGUCACUUUGGGACGCCAGGAUGGAGUGCAGCAAGACUGGAUGAUGGACGAGACAGUUGGCAAUUGGUGGAGACCAAACUUUGAAGCCCCACAGUACCCAUACCUCCCUGCUCACGUGACCAAAGCAAAGGAACACAAGAAACUCCUACUUGUUCAGUUGGGAGAGAAGGCUCUCUUUGCCGUUCCAAAGAACUACAAAUUAGUAGCCGCUCCUCUCUUUGAACUCUAUGACAAUGCAACAAGUUAUGGACCAAUUAUAGCAACAUUGCCUCAAUCACUCAGUAGAUUUAAUUUCGUUUAUUCGUAG